UUUCUUUCAGUGUGUCGAAUGCUCUGCAACGUUCAGCGUCGCACAACAAUUUUUCAGCUGCUUCAACUCAUCUCUGCUUUAUUAAAUUAAAAUCUUUCUCACAUAAAUAUUGAAAUUUCUAUCGAUAUAAAAUCAUGGCGAAUAUUGACGAAUACUACGAGGUCGCCCUCAGACUCGUCCGUCAAGCUGGAGACAUAAUAAAAGACAAAAUGAAUAGGCCAAAGGAAGUAAUGAUUAAGUCAUGCGACGUCGAUCUCGUAACCGAAUCCGAUCGCGAGGUUGAAGCGCUUUUCAUCAAAGGAAUAACUGAAAAAUAUCCUGAUCACAGGUUUAUCGGAGAGGAAGAAACGAGUUCCGGGACCAACAGCGUCCAGUUAACAGAUGCCCCAACCUGGGUGAUCGACCCAAUCGACGGAACGAUGAAUUUCGUUCAUGGUCUUCCUCAUACUUGCAUUUCCGUUGCUCUCCUCGUUGAAGAAGUCACAGUAAUCGGCAUCGUUUACAAUCCCAUACUCGAGCAACUUUUCACUGCGAAAAAAGGCAACGGUGCUUUUUUGAACGGCAAUCCCAUCCGAGUUUCCGGUGAAAAAGAAUUGUCGAAAGCUCUUUUGAUGAUGGAAAUGGGAACCAGCAGAGAUCCCGAAAAAAUGAAAACGGUUUUCAAAAACGUACAGAUCCUCACUCCAAAAGUCCACGGAGUCCGAACACUGGGCUCAGCUGCUUUGAACAUGUGCAUGGUUGCACUCGGAGGUGCUGACGCAAAUUUUGAAUUUGGUAUUCACAUAUGGGACUUCGCAGCUGGUAAUCUAAUAGUUCAAGAAGCCGGAGGUGUUUGCAUCGAUCCCGCUGGCGGACCUCUCGAUCUCUUGAGCAGACGUUUACUUUGCGCCUCAACGAAAGAGCUCGCUGAACAAAUUGUUGCUCUUAUAAGCCAAUAUUAUCCGCCGCGUGAUUAAUUAAAUCAGUGCCAAAUUCAAUGAAAUUCAUUCUAGAGUCCCAUUUGAAAAUUCUUUACAGAAAUUAAGGGAUUAUUUUGUAAAUGGAUUGUGUAGAAAAUGUCUAUUUUUAUUCGACAACGGCGCAGCCUUCGUGAUUUUUAUCAUUAUUAUUACUGGAAAAUAAUAAUAAUGAAAAAUAAUCAUUUAUAAAAUGAUAAAUAUGUAAAGUAAGAACAGUGAAGAAUUAAAUGAAAAUUGUAUCAAUUUGAAGAAUUUAAGCCCAUCGAAUUGGGAUCAAUUUUUAUGUUUAUUGUUCGAGAUUCCAUCGAUUUAUUCAUUGUUGAAAUGUAUUUUUGGCCGGGAAUAAAUAAAUGUUACAUUGAAAAAUGGA